AUGUCUGAUCAUCUUCCUCAAGAAUUGCUCGCAGAAAUUUUGUCAAGAUUGCCUGUGAAAUCAAUCCUCAUAUGCAGAUGCGUUUCCAAGACUUGGUACUCUUUAAUCACCAACCCUUCUUUCAUAGCCCACCAUCUCAAGAAAACACCUGCAAGAAACAGUGGCCUACUUUUCUUUGGUUACGUCACCGAAGAACUUGAUUUUCCAUUUAAACCAUAUGCACGUUAUUUGCUAUACCCAGAUGAGUCUUUCCCUGCAAACCAUGUUGAAGAACUUGAUUGCCCACUUAAAGGCUUAAAGGUUUUAUAUAAGAUAGUGGGUUCUUGUAAUGGGGUCUUUUGUCUAUCUUAUGGUCGUUAUAAUAGAGUUGUUUUAUGGAACCCUAGUGUUAGAAAGAUUGUUAAGAUUCCUUGGCCUAAUGUUACGCUUAACUCACAUGGACUCCACAAAGACUCACUUGGGUUUGGCUUUGAUUCCUCUGCCGAUGAUUAUAAGCUUGUGAGAAUAGUGUAUUUGCCAGGUAGUAAUUUUGACUUCGAUGAGAUUCCGCCUUUUGUUGAGAUUUACAGUUUGAGAAGUAGGGGUUGGAAAAAGGUUGAUAAUGAUCUGAAAUAUGUCAUCACUGAUCUCUCAAAGUCUGCUUUUCUGAAUGGAACUUUUCAUUGGGUUGCCACUAAGCCACCUGAUAAGACUGGUGUAUGGUAUGCGAUUGUGUCGUUUUCUUUGGGAGAAGAG